AUGGAUAUUGCAGCGAAAGGAGGUCUGUUCUCCGUGAAGCUAGGGAGGAAGGAAGUAGUGGCAGCGGUGGUGCCAAUGCAAGAGCAUUGGCUGCCACACUCCAAUCUAGACUUGCUCUUGCCUCCAGUCGAUGUCUGUGUGUUCUUCUGUUACAAAAAAACAGCUGCUGACAACUUUACGCACAUGGUCAAUGUCCUUAAGAAGGCCUUGGCUCAAGCUUUGGUGUCCUACUAUGCGUUUGCCGGGGAGCUUGUGCAGAACACCUCCGGCGAGCCUGAACUCCUCUGCAACAAUCGUGGGGUGGAUUUCUUUGAAGCUUACGCCGACGUAGAGCUCCAACAACUCAACUUGUACAAUCCUGACCAGAGUGUGGAAGGCAAGUUGGUCCCUAAGAAGAAGCAAGGGGUGCUCUCUGUCCAGGCCACAGAGCUCAAAUGUGGAGGACUGGUGGUAGGGUGCACGUUUGAUCAUAGAGUGGCCGAUGCCUUCUCGACCAACAUGUUUCUUGUAUCAUGGGUGGAGAUGGCUCAGUCCAAAUCGGUACUCUCUCUCCUCCCAUCAUUCAGACGGUCUUUACUCAACCCUCGACAUCCAGGUCACUAUGAUCCCUCUCUGGACAACAUGUACGUGCCCAUCUCGGCCCUACCACCACCCCAACAAAAAAAAUCCGGUACACCAGAUGAUGAUCACCUGAUAAGCCGAAUCUAUUACAUCGAGGACAAUCAGCUCAGCCACCUUCAGUCACUGGCCAGUGCUGGAGGAGACAGAAGGUCUAAGCUCGAGGCUUUCAGUGCGUUUGUGUGGAAAGUGGUAGCAGCCAGUACUGAACAUGGUAACGACAAGAAGUGCAGGAUGGGCAUUGUGGUGGACGGGAGGACUCGGCUGAGCGAAAGAGACAGUGGCGAAAAGGCGGAGAUGAUGUCUGCUUACUUCGGGAACGUGUUGUCCAUCCCCUAUGGGGAAAAGAGGAUCGCUGAGCUGGAGGAGAGGCCGCUGAGCUGGGUGGCAAAUGCAGUUCAUGAGUGCUUGGAGGUUGCUAAGACCAAACAACACUUUUUGGAACUGAUAGACUGGGUGGAGGCUCACCGUCCAGAACCAGCUCUGGCGAAGAUAUAUGCUAGCAGCGAGGAUGAGGGGCCGGGGGUGGUGGUUUCGUCCGGGCAGAGGUUCCCAGUGUCUCAGAUGGAUUUCGGAUGGGGGAAGCCUGUAUUCGGUUCAUACCAUUUCCCGUGGGGAGGGGAGGCCGGGUACGUGAUGCCCAUGCCAAGUCCAGUUGGGAAUGGAGACUGGGUUGUGUACAUGCACAUGUUGAGAGUUCAGUUGGAGCUGAUUGAGACGCAGGGGGCUCAUUUGUUCAAGCCCUUGACUAGUGGUUAUCUUAAUAUAUAACCAAAGUAGUUUUCAUUUUGGUCUUUGACCAAGCUAGCAUAAUAAUACUACUGCAUGUAUAUGUACUAUGUUUUUUAUCGUCAAUGUUUAUUUAAUGGUAUUGUUAA